CUUAUUGACCGGAACAUCCGGUUUUCUAAACCAAUAUGGCCGAUUACGGUGAAGACAAUAAUUUUCAAUCUGGAGAUAGAUUCAGAAGUGAUAAUUACGACAACUACAAUAGUGGAGGAGGUGGUCAAAACAGAGGAUAUCGAGGUGGUGGCGGAGGGGGUAGAGGUGGUGGGGGUGGCGGUGGUGGACAGAAGCCUCUACCCACUGAACCCCCUUUCACAGCAUAUGUUGGUAAUCUACCCAAUGGAUUAGUGCAGGGAGAUUUAGAAUUAAUAUUUAAAGAUUUACGAGUUAGAAGUGUACGGCUUGUAAGAGACAGAGAUACAGAUAAAUUUAAAGGCUUUGCUUAUGUAGAAUUUGAAGAUUUAGAUUCAUUGAAAGAAGCUCUCACCUAUCAUGGUGCAUUAUUUGAAGACAGAAAUCUGAGAGUUGAUAUUGCAGAAAGUAGAGAUCGAGGGAAAGAUAGGGGCAGAGGUCGUGGAGGUCAAGGAGGUUUCCGUGGAGGUAAUAGAGGAGGAGGAAGAGGUGGACGAGGGGGCAUGGAUGGAGGAGGUGGAUGGAAUGACAGGGGAAAUGAUGAUGGACAAUUUGGUGAUCGGCGAGGAGGUCGAGGAGGGGGUUACAGAGACAGAGGAGGAUUUGAUGGUGGCAGUAGAGGAGGAGGAGGAGGAGGGUAUGAUCGUGGUGGUGGUGGUGGUGGAUCUUUCGGAGGUGGUGGCAGAUCAAGACAAGACCGUCCACCUAUGCGGGAAGAGGAAUUUCGUGAACCAUCUCCAGAAUCUGCAGCAGCAAGGCCUAAACUAAAACUGAAGCCAAGAACAGUAGCGGCUCCAGUACUACAGAAGAGUGAAGCUGAACGUAACACAAGUAUAUUUGGUACUGGUAAACCACGUGAAGCAGCUGCAGAUGCUGAAAGUAAAACUAGAAGUAGAAACGUUAGUGAAGGAAGUAAUCAAGAAUAGCUGUGUAAAUACUUAUGUGUCGAGAAACUCAAACGUGCUCCAUUGUCUCACUAUUCUCAAGAUGUCCAUGUGGCCAGCGCUUACCAAGAAUUACAUGAAUUAUGACCAACACAGAGAUUUUCAGAUUGUUACUGAUGUUAAUAAACAUAUAUUUUUCUACCCAACUUUUAUUUCCAAUGAAAUUAUUUUUUUUCUAACCUUGUUUGAAAUUAGGCCAUUUGUUCCUUAAGCAUACUUUUAUAGCUUAUUAUAAGAAGAGUUGGGAGUCUUGAAGAAGAUCUUUUAAUUGCACUGUAUGUUAGUUAGAUAAGAAAUAGACAUUUUGUUAUGGUUGUGUUAAAAGAGUUAAUUAAUUUAGUGAAUUCAAAUUCUAUCAAACAAGAAUGCUUCUUAGUUGUUAACAGAUGUAGGGAAAUUUGAAUAUUCAAAAUAAAAUUUUCUUUUACCCGUAUGCCAUAACGGUCACUGUUGUAUCUAUUCAUCCCUCAAGAUUUUUAUGUCUGCUUUUUUCAGCUCAUGAAUCAAUUUGAAUGUAUGCUAAUGCUUUAUAUCUGUUCAGAUUUAUAAGAUCCAUAUAUGACUUCCUGUUCAAGUCAAAUGGUGAUUAAGUUCGUCUUUUUUUCAAUGAAAUUUAUAAAUAGAAUCAUACAUAAACAUGUUUUUAAGUAAUUCGUUUAUAAAUUUUCUCAGGACGAUUUU